CCACAUUGAAUUCAGUCGCUUUGUGUACGCCGAGGCGAGCGGACGUGUUGGCCAGACGAGUACACGCGGAUAGAUAUAUUUACUAGUGAUCAAACUUUUUAUUGUGACGUUUGUGUAGUGAUAUUGUGGAUUGUUACUAACGGAUCACAACAUCAAAGGAUGUUCGUGGAAGACUGAUAGAAAGAAAAAGGGCAAGCCAUGCCAAGCACGUGAUACUAGCGCGCCACAGACGACAUCUACUGGCGACAAAAUGAAAUAACCAUGGAGUCUCCAGUUAGAAUAUGUUUAGGUGCAGCAUUAGUAGUACAUUUACUACUUUUGAGCAGCACAUCAGUUAGUGGAAAUGCGUUACCUCACGAAACGACCUCGACUACAGUGAAAGACGAGAAGAAUCCACGAAUAGCAAGAGCAAACACUACCUCCUGGGCGCCCAGGCAUAAUGUCAGAAGCCCAGAUGCAUCACUCAAUGAACUUAGCCCUAAAGAAUCACCCGCUGAAGAAAACACAGAAAAAAAUGCUAAAUACAAACACAGAGGGAGGGUACGAUUCAACACACAAACUAAAUCUACAACACAGUCUAGUUUAAGGAGAGUCCGGUCUACAACAGAAACUCCUAAUAUUAUUAUUGUAACUCCAACACCUGAAGUUAAAAAACCUGCACAAAUUAUCGAUAGUAUGAGAACAUACAAAAGGACUAAAAUGCCAGUUGUGUCCACGACCGCACCUAGUACAAUAAGUUCAAGUUCUGCAACUAGUACUACGACAAGUACAACUACUGAGGCUUCCUCUAAGAUCAUUAAAAAAGAAACUGAAACUCAUAGUGAAGAAGAAGAAGAGUAUGAAGACGAAGAUGAAGAAGAGAAAGAAUCGUUUGAAAAAUAUUCGUCCAGUGAUUUUGAUACUAACUUUUUUACUAUACCAAGCUAUAAUGAUUUCCCAGGAUACAAAGACUCCAAAUCAAAAGGAAAAGAAGACUACAGUAGUCCCUCUUUUGGAGGAUUUUCUACAUUUUUCCCGUCUUUUGGUCCCAAGGAUAAGGAUCACGAAUCAUACAGCUCUGAUAGUUUCUUUGAUUUUGGUUCGGAAUUGACAACACCAAAGAACGACUUCUUUGAUAAGAAGUUUCAACAAAUAUCUGAGAGCAUACAGAAAAAACUUGCUACAAGUGCACCAAAAUCAAAAUCUAAUUCUACUAAUGUUCAUUUUAUUAAAGAAAAUAUAGGAUUAGAAAAAUUAAAUAAUAAUACACCAAGUAAUAAAUCAUCGGUGUACAUAAAAAAUACCAAAGAAAUACGUCUCUUGGACAAUGAAGGUGCUGGUAGUGCUAAUAAAGAGCUCUCUGAUGUUCAGGGUACAAGUAUUUACUAUGAAAUGUCAGUGCUCUCUACAGAAACUUAUGCUAUAGAAAACUCUGAUGAUGAUUGUGAAAACGACACCUUGCAUGUCGAGCCCACAGUCAGCACAUCAGCUGAAGAAGAAUUGGCGUCAUUAAAAGGAAUAAAAACUACUUUAACAGGCUCUACAAAACCAUCUUAUACCGAUAUAAAACGAUCGUACCCUGAUCCAGUCGUCAGUUCUAGUAAAUUAAUAAAUUCAGAAUCAAGUUCUCUUAAAUCAACAAACCAACCAACAAUAUAUUCCAAUCAAACUUCCGAGUCUAUAUCAACAUUAUCAUCUAGUUUCCUACCAGUUUCAAGUUUUGUACCUGAUAUCUACAAUUCAGUCAGUCCAGUGCCUAUUUCAACGCAGAACUCUAUUUACAGUCAGUCUUCAACUCAAAGUCCUAUCAAUGGAAUAUCGUCCACAGAUAGAACGAUAAAAAUUUAUUCCUCUUCCUUUACUAGGAAUAGAAGUUAUUCUAAGCGACUUAAUUUGAAUGGGACAAGAGAUUCUCCGAACAGUGUGACCUCAAGGACAGAUACAACAUCUGCUUCAAAUAAACCACAAACGCGAAGAUUCCAUCAUACAACACCUAAAAAUAAAGCAAUUUGGAUGGCUCCACGAAGGAACAUAUCAAGAACGUACCCUACACGACCUACCACUAUUUACUCCGAACAUUUUAAUAUUAGAGAUAAAUAUUCUUCUACACCAAGAUAUCGACAUCCAAAUAGAACGAUGCUAACCACUGUAUCCUCUGACAUUGAUCCAGUUUUGCAGACAGAUAUAGGAGGUGUAGAAAAGGUAGUUCACUCACCAUCGAUAUCUGAUAACAGUAUUCCAUCUGUGUGGAAAAGAGGAUCAACAAAAUAUACGACUACAUCAGCUUCUUCGGAAACUGGCGGAAUAAGUGAUCUAGAGAUCCCUCCUACUUUGACAGCGUGGGCACUUGCCAGUCUGAGAAGCCCACCGGUGGCAAGUGCUUCAAAUUCAACAGUUUCGACACAGAAAAGUGUUGACGAAAAUGAGUUGCAGAAAGUUGGAGAAAUCUCAGUGAAAAAAGAAACAGAGGUUUCUUCUACAACUUCAGUUUCAAAUACAUUGAACAAUGACAUUGAUAAUAAAAAGAUAACAGAAGUUGAGCAAAACAAAAUUCCAUGGCGACCAAUAUUCCCAACAAAGCAUAAAAAUGUCGUCAUCACGGAUGCUCCACCGAAGAAAACAGAAUCCUUGCCUGCUGAAAGUGUAAUCUCAGUUCAAAGCAGUGCCACACCUGCUGAAACAACCGAGGCCAUGAGUUCUCAAACAACUGAACCGAGUAAGGCUUCAAAGGAUACACAAACCUGGGUUCCGGUUACAAUGCAAGUAGAGCCUACGACGGAGUCUCUAGAAGUGAAACCCCUUCCAACAGUAGGCGCUACACGAACGACCAGUUUUGAAUCUAUAACAAAACUACCGGCAGAUAUUACCACGCCUACAGAUGAAACAAUUUCUAGUUCCAGCCAUCAAAAUCAAGCUACGGUUCAGGAAGAAAAACUACCAACAACGACUGACUAUGAGAUAACUACGAUUAGGUUUUCAUAUGUACCAACUGAAGAGACUACAGAAAGUAUUGACAGUAAAGAGACCACAACAACAGUACCUAUAACCAAUACCAAUUGGCAUACUGUAUUCCCUACGAGGACUAGACAGACUACUACAAUUAAAGAUGUUCCCAUCACCACUUAUAGACCAUUAUAUACUACAAUAGAUGACACUGAAGAUUCAACUAGUUUAGAACCCGAAGUUACUUCAACGUCUAUAGAAGUUUCAUCUGAAGAAAUCACUACGACUGAAAAAGCUCUCGAUUCUACGAAAGCAAUAAAACAAACCAUACCAGCUGCUCCUACUACUACCAAAACUGCUGAAACCACUCCAAUAGAACUUGAAACCGAAGAAUUAACUACAUUACCCGUUAAUGAAGUAAUAAUACCAAAUGAUACUACCACGUCAAUGGAGACAACAGUACAACCGGAAACGACCUCCAUUGUUACCGAAGUUGUUACAGAGAUAAAUACGGAAAUACAAACAAAAAUGACUACAGAAAUACCUAGUAUUACGGAAACUCCGCCUGCGGAAUUGACUGACGAUACGGACUGUACUUCCGAAGAAAAUAGUGACAGUAAUGAAAUAAUAACUCAAGAAGCUCCUAAAUCUACUACAACGCCUGAAAUUUCAACUGAAACUAUUACUACGAUGCAUAAGGUUACAACUGAAGUGAAAACUGAGAUUUCACAAGAAACUACAACUUUAGAUGGAAGUCUAACUACUGAUAAAAAUGCAAAGAUAUCUGAGACAACAACAACCGGAGAUAAUAGUGAAGAAUCUACAACAGACAUUAGUACAAGAUCAGUGAGCGAUUUGGAGGAUGUUAAUAGUUACAACGGGGAUAUGACGACUGAGGCUAAUGCAAGAGUGACGGGAGCAGAGGAUGACCCGGGCUCUGGGGCAGCUGUGGCGAUUGCGGUCAGCACGAUUGGAGUCAUAGCCUUGAUCCUACUUAUUGGUCUAUUGUUGGUUGUUCGCCGCCGCGGCCGUCGAGGCGUGUACGCUCAGCGUUGUACGCCCGUGUCGCUGGACGCUUACAGCUUGGACAGUGUGAGCGUGGGCCACAGGAAGGGCAACCACCGGCUGCGGGCCAGCAAGAGGAGCUAUGGCAACCCGGCCUAUGAUGACGAGGUGACAUCGCACCCCAUGCAAUACGCCGCUCUGGCCAACUUCGCCAUGGACGUGGAAUCAAUAUGCGCGGAGUUUGCCGAGAUCCCCUCGGUGACCGUCCGCCCUGACGAGGUGCCUCCGGGCUGCGAGGACAAGAACCGCUACUCCAAUGUGCUGCCGCUGCCGGAGACCAGGGUGCCGCUGAGGAGGAUCGGGAACGAUGCGACCACGGAGUAUAUUAAUGCUAAUUAUAUUAUGGGUCCCGGCAACAUCCGCAACUACUACAUAGCCUGCCAGGCGCCGCUGUCCAACACAGUGGUGGAUUUCUGGCGCAUGAUCUGGGAGCAGAACUCCAGGCUCAUCGUGAUGCUCACAGAGUACAUGGAGAAUGGAGUGGAGAAAUGCUACGAGUACCUCCCCCCUUCCGAGGUGUCAGACAAUCGGCGCACAUUCGGUGACUAUCAAAUCAUCUUGAAGAAGCGUGAGCAACGUGAUAAGUACGCCAUCUCCACGGUCCAGCUCAUCAAUCUUGGCACCAGGACGUGGAGGGAAAUCACUCACAUGUGGUACUUCUGGCCGGCGAAGGGAGUGCCUGAUGAUUAUGAUUCGGUGAUCGAGUUCUUGUUGGAAAUGAGGAGCUAUAUGAAGAUCUCGCAGACUGCUAAGGAGUAUGACGAAGAUGGGGUGGAAGUAAUCUACGGGGAUAUGAACCGGUCUUCCUUCGGGAACUUGUCUAAGCUGCGCAGCGACGACAGCGGCUCCGGGAACGGCCUCAACGUAUACUCGCCAGCGAAGGCUGAGGAGCAGAUGAGGAGGGGAAAUGUUACCAACGGGACGCUGGGCAGGAUGAAGACUGCGUCGGAGGUUGAGGGUAUCCGUCCGUGCGUGGUGACGUGCGCGUCGGGCGCCGGGCGGGCGGCGGCGCUGCUGGCGGCGGACGCGGCGGCGCGCGCGCUGGCGGCCGGCGCGGCGGACGUGCCGCGCGUCGUGCGCGACCUGCGCGCGCAGCGUCCGCACGCGCUCACCAACAGGCACCACUACAUCUUCUUGUACAAGUUGCUCAGUGAAUACGGCAACAAACUCAUGGGUGGCGGAGUAGACACGAUAUAAAAAGCCACGACUACCACCAGGGUCGAUGGUGACCCCCUACUUUACUUCAAACUGUAGAUAACUACAGUUUCUUCAAGUACAUGGACAUCGCCUGCAGGUACCAUGUGAAUUUUGUGCUUUGUACAUGAAGGUGAAAAUAGGAAGGUGAAUAUAUCAAUGGAGUAAAAAAUAAAUGAUAUUUGGUCAUUUGUUUUGCUCAAUAAAAGAGAAUAUUUAUACAACAGUGUUGCGAUCUCGAUUUCGCCCGCAAUUUCGAUAUGCGAAAAUAUCUGCAAGGAUGUGAUAAUAUCAAAUGCAAUCAUUAACCUCUCAUGUGCGCACAGCGUCGUGCAGCAUUUCAUCGCUCACUUGGGACGCCUGAUUAGAUUGAUCUAAAUAGAUAGCACAAGUACUCCUUGGUACGUCAGAAAUCGCCUGCGAAUCAAUUGGAAUUGAGUUUUAGCUUUACGGUGACAGUUUAGCUUAUUUUUAAGAAUCUCUAUUGGCAUAAUGUUCCUAGCUUUUUGCUUUAAAAAACUUUAUUUUUAACCAUAAGAUCAGUGUAUUAUUUACUCAUAAGUAUAAUAAUUAUCUACUAAUGUAAUUUGGUGUUUCAGUAUGCCUACAAAAAACUAAUUCGGUUGCUCAGACCAAGAAAAAAAAAGAUUCUUUUUGUUUUUAGUUCGGUUGUUAUAGAUUCGGUUGUCUUAAUAUAACUUAUCGCCAGAAGAAUUAAUCUAUCAUAAAUUCGAAACCGAAUUCGGUCGUUAUCGUACGAAGAGAAUUAUGCCGUGAGGUAAAAAAUCGAAAAAAUAUAUGACAAACUUUUUUUGUCUAAUUAUUUUUUUAAUAGAAGUCAAUGAGCGUGUUUGUGGAAAAGUGACUUUUAUGAAAAUGAUUUUAACAUAUAUUUUUUUUUCAAUACUUUAGUAUUAUGUACGUAAUGGACAUUUGGUGUUCAAUGCCUUGCCUGAUACAUACGUAAUUGCCUGUUUUUUUCUAUAUAUAUAUACACAUCUGUUGAUUACUUGAACUAUAUUUUUACUGUUCACAAAAUUUUAUUCAAUAAUAAUCACAGUACAGGAGAGAUAAAUUAUAUGUCUGAGUCUCUCUUUUACUAUAAAGUAUAUUAUAGUAUAUGGAUAUAUAUAUAAUUAAUUUUUGACAAUCAAAUGGAAAUGGAAAGAAAACACAAAAUUUUAGUUUUAAUAAAAUAGGUUUUAUGAUUAAAGAUUUGUUAGUUUUUAAUACAUUUAUUAUAUUACAGAUUAAUAAAUAUGUUUAUUUAUGUAUAUAAUAUUUUUUGUUUGUAUAAUUGACAAUCUAUACCAAGCCUAUAAAAUAAAUAUACCUAAGUAUUAGAUACAUUAUAUAGUUAUAUUAUAUAUUAUUUUAGUAAAAUAUUACUAUUUGGACUAUACCAAAGUUUAAUUAUGCGAUCUCCAAAAUUGAACGCUCAAAAGAAUUUUGUUACAAUUUUAAACCCUGUUGUGUUGGUAAGAAAUUUAAAUUUAUUUUGCUAUAGUUAAAGCGAGUUAGAUAUAGUUAAGGAUUGUAGUUAACUAUAUUUGUAUAUAAGACAAUUUUAUUUCGAACAAGAUAAUCAUAUUUUUGCGCUAGUCUAAUUUAUAUUUUUAAUUAUUUCAGAUUUGUCUUCAUUUGGCAAAACUUUAAAUGCAUAAUUAUUUCAUAAUAAUAGUUUAUUUGUAGUUAUCGAGGUCUGCUGUGAUUCCUUGUUUUAAACUUUAUACUUAUUUAGAUACUAUAUUUAUAACUGAAAAUAUAUUUUUCGAAAUAGUAGCUAAUAUAUUUUAACGAGAAAUACACUUUCAUAUUUAGAUGUCGCAACGAAAAUAUUCUGCAUAUUUAAAAAUCUGAUCGGUAAACCCUCUGAUAUAAAAACCAUUCCGUAUUAAAAAGUAUAUAAUCUGUCUUUUAUAAUUUAUUUUGAUCAAAAUUCAACUGAAGUUUACAAUGCAUCUGUGCAUAGCUUUUUUGUAAAUGGGUCCUAAUGGAUGUCUUUUUUCAAAAACUGCUUUGCUUAUUAUAAAUUACUUUAUUAAUAUCAUAUUGUUGAAUUUACAUAAUAUACAUGUUUUAUAUAUUGCAGAACAUAAUAUGAAAGCAUUUAAAAUAUAAAAUUAAUAUUAAUUGCACUGUUUUAUCCCACACGUUAAUAUAAGUUUUAUUAUAAGUGCAUUGUAUAAAUAUAGACCAAAAAUGAAUAUAAAAUUAUUAAAUAUAUAUUAUAAGUUUUAUUUGUUCGAUGGUCCAGGACAAUUAGGAGUUUUGUAAGCAAUAAUAGAUUGAUUAUAAGAUAA